CGAUGUUUCUACCUCAGCUGUGGUUUCAUUCGCAAUAAUAUAUGGACUGACAUUAUCGCAAAAGAAUGAAAAUAAGGAAACGUUUUUACCCGCGUUCGCUUCAGGACUGCGUCGCUACGGCUUUUAUGGCUGCAAUUAUACCAAUUACCUUUUGGUUCGAGGUGUACGUAGUGAUACCGGGCGUACACGGGGCCGAAUCGAUGUUUAACUGGAUUCAUCUGGGUCCUGCUUUGUUUUUGCUGUACAACGUCAGUGCCAAUAUGCUAGCGACAAUCAUGUGCGAUACCAGCAGCGGAACAGAGAUUGUUACUGUGCCAGCGGAUGUCGCCGUUGGAACGGGGCUUGGCUCAAAAUCCUGGCACUUGUGCUCAACGUGUGAAGCCGUAGCGCCACCCAGAUCGUGGCACUGCAACACGUGCGGAGUUUGCGUUCUGAAACGGGACCACCAUUGUGUGUUCACGGGAUGCUGUAUCGGCCAUAAAAACCAUCGGUAUUUCAUUCUGUUUGUACUGCAUCUUUUUGUGGCUACUUUUUAUGCCAGCAUACUCAAUAACUAUUUUAUUUGGUUUGUUCGAGGGGAGGAAUUUCGCAACUGGACCUCGGUGGUUAAGAUUGUUUUCCCGUUGGCAAUGCUUAUGAUCGAUACAUCAACCAGGCAGUAUUAUCUAGUCAUAUAUUUAAUUAAUAUGGUGGGCAUGCUGUUCACCGGAGUGCUGCUUAUUUAUCAUGGAAGAUUAAUUAUAAGCGGAGCGGUCGUUCAUGAACGUAACAGCCGAGAUUAUAAUCUGGGUCGGUUGGAAAACAUUAGAAUGGUUUUAGGGGAAAAAUGGUAUUUGACGUGGCUUACACCGUUCAUGGGCAGUGAGCUGCCUCAUAAUGGAGUCAACUGGGAUUCGGUUCAAAGGGAGGCGUCUAAGAAUAAAUAAGCUCGUUUUUUUAUUGUACAAAUAAAAGUAAUUUAAGCUA